UCAUCACACCAAGCCUAUCUACUCGACUCUCUAAAGCUCUAAUCACCCUCCGUUAAAGAAGAUGGCAAGCACCCAGAUCAUGAUUGUUGCCUCUUUACUCCUAUUGGCCAUUCACUCCAUUGCUGCUUAUGAGAAUGUUCCAGCCAAAGCAGUAGAGAAGAAUGUAGAUGUCGUGGUGGAAGGCAUGGUCUAUUGCCAGAGCUGCGAGCACUUCGGAACUUGGUCGAUGUCUGGUGCUGAGCCCAUCUCUGCAGCUAAAGUUAGCGUUAUCUGCAAAGAUUACAGAAACCGAGUCAGCUAUUACAAGGUGUUCGAAACAGAUGCACAUGGUUACUUCUAUGCACAAUUGGAAGGUUUCAAGAUGGGCCACUCCUUAUUGGACCAUCCCCUCACCUCAUGCCAUGUGAAACUCGUUUCUUCGCCUCUACAAAGCUGCAACCUACUUUCUAAUGUGAACUACGGACUCAACGGUUCCCCACUCCGCUACGAGAAUAAGAGAAUGCUAGGAAAGAAUUAUGAGGCUGUGGUUUAUGCUGCGGGUCCCUUGGCAUUUCGCCCAGCUCACUGCACUCCCACCAGUCACCUCUGAUUUCACACCAGUUAUUUAUCCGGAACCCCUGAUUAAUUUUUAUUGUUUUUUUUCAGUUGUUCUUUCCUAUUUGUUCACAGUUCUGUAAUGUUUCUCAGCUCACAUUUUGUUCUAUUUGUUGCAUAAAUUGACAUAUUUUGUUCUUAUUUCAUUAUCUUUCUAUUUAUCAAUUUAUUGUAAUAUGUGGCACAAGAACAGGGUGUACCACUGAUUCAAUGGUAAAACCUUGGCCUAAUAACCUUGAAGUUAUAGAUUCAAGUCUCAGGCAACCACUUUAUGACUA